UUUUGUGUCCAAACGUCAUGCAGUGCACAUCUCUGAGGACUGUCGCUACCAAAAUUUUUUUGUGAUCUAAAACAUCGUCGGUAACUCAGUCGUGACGUCGUAUUUUUUUAGUGCCAUGUUCUUAUUACGAAGAAUUCACCCGUAGCUGAGAUAAUAGAUCAAAAUGACGGAGCUGGACAAAUUCAAAAGGCGCCUUAUACGUUCAGUGGCGCGCCUACUCCUACAUGAAAAACGGCCCGAUGAAGAAGUCUGGGAGCAACUCCAGAAAGAAACCGGUUGUGAUUGUAAAUUGUUAUGGAACCGGAUGCGAGCGUUAACGAUAAAGAAGCUAAAUCGUCUACUAUCGGCGAACGAUCAAUCAAAACAACUGGCGGCCGUGGCACGGUUGUCCUUAACCGAUUGGCUGUUCUUCGAUCUCGUGCUGGUGCAUGAAAACAUCGAUCUUUUGGGGCAGGAUGACCCAGCACCGCUGAGCGAAUUGUUGGAACUGGUGCAAAAAUAUUCCAUUGAAAGUCUACCGCCUGGGGACAAGCUCGUUGACGCAUGGACCAAACUUACGGUCAACUACAACACCAAUGACCGUCAAUGCUCUCCAAUGUUGCUCCAAAAACGAUGGUAUCAAUUGAAGGAAGUGACGCGCAACAACUUCUACCACUUGUGGUACAGCUAUCGUGGCAACCACAAAUUGUGGGAGACAGCAAGUCAAAAUGCGCCUUCGGUUCUGCAGAUGGCCGUUGCAAAAAAAUUCCCGCAAGUGAUUACGAAGCCAUUCCUGGACUGGCAACAGAUGAUAGCCAAAGGCCUGGUCGUCAUGCCUCACCAAUUCCAGGAUAAACUUAAAAAGCCGGCGAUAACUUCUGAAGAUCAACAGGAAUUAAUCGUGAUAGAACCAGAGAUCGAAACGAUCGACUUACGACUUGAUUCCGACUCCGACGAGGCCACACAAGAUGUACUAAAAAUUAGCGAUUCUGCAACAAGUAUACCCCAAAAUAAGAACACUGUAACAAGCAUACAUAAUCUUGAUAAAGAAGUCAAAAUCAAACAGGAGUCGCUGGAGUUUCAAGAUGGACUAUCCAAUGUCCAAAUCUUAGCUACCACUCACAUACCAGAAACUGUAUUGGAUGAAAGUAGUAAUUCAAAAGAUAGACUUAGUCCUUUGACUAUAGAGGCAGAAAAAGUGUUAAGAAAACAAAUUUUAGCCAGUCAAAUGUCGAAAUUUAUGGAAACUACACAAACAUUAAUGGAGCCCAUUGGUUGUGAGAAAGUAUCUAAUAUAGACAAAGAAGUAGGUGUCGACUAUUUACCUGAUCAGUUUAUCACGGAAAAUGUUAAUAAAUGUAUUCAAAGUCAACAAGAAACUCUUAAACAAAAUGAAACUGUAAGAGUAGAGUUGAUAACAGAAAGUGCAAAUGACGGAGAUGAAUUUGUAGAAGAUGAGGAGGCUAACGAACUUAUACAAGCUAAAGCUGAAGAGUACUGUAAGAAAAUUGAAAUAAAAGUUAACAAAAAUGACAAAACAAAUGUAGAAACAGAUGAUUUCAUAAAAGCCAAAAUGUAUGCUGAUGAGUACGUCGAGAAAAUGCAAGAAGUACUGAAUGAUAGUGAAGAUGAUUUAAUAAAGGUGAAAGCAGACGACUUUAUUAAAAACAAAGAAGUCAAAUCAAAAUCAGUUUUAAACCCUCCAGCAUUAGAUUGUAACGAAGCAUUACACGACGAAGAUUUUGUAGAUGACAUAAUAAAACAAAAAGCAGAUGAUUUUGUAAGAAAAACAGAUAUAAAGAAGCUAGUAACUAAUGUGGUCAAGGAGUUCGAGUUGCCAGUUGAUAUGGAUAUUAUUGACGACGGGAUAGAGUUCAUUGACGACGGAAUAGAGUAUAUUGAAGAUGAUGAUAAUAAUAAUACAGGGGAUAAUAAAGAGGAAUCACACAAGGAAAAAAUAAAACCGAUCACUGAUAUUAAAAUUGAAUCCGAAACACUUUCAAGCGCAGGUAAAAUUGAUCUGAAAUUGCUUAUGGUCCCAGUUGUCUACACCACUAAACUAGACACGAUAUCUGUACUUGCAAACAAACCGAUCGAUUCCGUAGAAGGCAAGGAUAUAAUCGAAGAAGUGUUGAAACAAAGCAAACCUGUUAGCAAGAAAUCUAUGAAAGUUGAGCAAAUAGAAAAAUUACAUACUCGUGAUAUUGUCCAAGAGGAAGUAGAUAUCCCAGAAGAGGACGUAAACGUCUUCGAAAACAAUUCUCAAUCGGAUGAAAGUGAUGAAGAAGUACCUAUAAGCGAAGAUCAAAAGGUAAAACCGACAAGUUACUUGCUGCAAAAACCAAGAAGUCGCAGCUACAAUCCAAUCCAAUUAUGCAAGAAUCCAGAUUUCAACACCAGACUAAAACGAUUAACUGUAGGUUUCUUUACUUCUACCCGUAACUGUCGUUUGUUAAAAGCUUGUAUGCCUCUGACUGUUGAUUUGCACAAGGCUUUUGAAAGUAAAUUGAUUGAAGGUACAUUAUAUUUGAAAUCUAAUGACGCUGCUAAUGUCCCAGUGCAAAUUGAGACAAAAGAGGAUGAUCAUAGUGAACAAGCCACUGUACUUCCAUCCGCAAUGCCUAUUCAAUGUCUAAUGGAUGCUACUGUACCUUUUUCAAAACUACAGAACAACGAUACAAUGAAUACAGUAGAUCUAACAAGUAAAUGUGGUGAUGAUGUGUUGGUAAGAAAUAAAGUUAUAAAUUUGCGUGAUCUUUCCGAAAUAAGACUAAUAAACCAACGCUUGUUAACAGCUGAAGUGUCUCCUAUACCUCUUGAUUCUGAAGCGUACACUUCCACAGUACCUAUAUCGCAAGCACCCUUUGAAAUGCACGACGCUCAACAAGUUAACAACAAAUGCCAAAAUGAGUACGAUAACGCUGUACCAAGCAGUUCUUUGCAAACAGAAUCCUUUAUAACCCAUUCAAACAACGAACUGAGUACAUCCAAUGAUAAUAAUGCUGACAACAAUCUGCUUGUUGAAAGCCAUAGCAGAAAUGUGAGAGGAACGGGUCACUUUAAUCGUGGCCGAGGCCGAGGUGGCCGAGGCCGUGGCAGAGGCGGAAAGCCCGGUCCCAAAUCGUUGACGAGGUACCCAACUAAAGUAUCCUUCAAUUUUCACCGUCCACCAAAUACAGUUUCUGUGCCAUGGAACAAGCCGAGAAAAGUGAUAUCAAGUAAUGAAUCGGAUGACUUUCUUAUAACAAUUGAUACUCUAAACAAAAUGAUAAACAAAAUGAACGGCAGCGAUCUCUAUAUAGAUCCCAGCAAAAAGAAUAAAAAACCAAAUUGGGUUCUAGAAGAUAAAGAAGACGAAACCGUCGUCAAGAAUAAAGAAGAGGAAAAACAAGAUCUACACAAAGAAGAACCCCCUUGCGCUUCUAAAAAUGAAAACACAGUUCAAAAGGAUCUUACGCCUCCGCGUGAGGUACAAAUUCUGAAAAAAACAGUAGUAGAGAAGAAGCCGCGUGAAAAGCGACCUCCUCGUACCAACCAAAAAGUGUAUUACUGCUGUUGGUGCAAAGAAAAGCUUUACAAAUUGGAGACGAAGUCCCGUGUUCGGCAAAAGCAUAUGUGUUGCUGUCGUUUUGAACUGGCCGAAGCUUUGAGUGCUAUAGGUAAACGAAUGAACAAAGUAUUAGUUCCGUCGAAUGACGAUGCUAUCGUUUUGUCCGAUGAAGAAGAUUUUUCGGCUAAAAGUAUUUCUGCACCUACUCCGGUAAUUAGAGUGGUGACUGUUGAAAGUAUGGCGAAAAGAAAGUUUACAUCAAUAUCUUCACAAGUUGGUAAUACCUUGUCCGGUAAACAAGGCGAGGUUAAUGCAGCAGUUGAUAGUAUAUUAAGUAACAUAACCUCACCGACACUUAGUAAUACUAACCAAUGUAGUAGUCGCGGAUUACAUCUAACUGUUGGCGCUGUUACGGCAGGUGAUGGAGAAUCGAUCUGUAGUGUACCUGUAGUGUCUCGUGUAGAAAGUACACCGGAGUUGUUCGCCCAGGACUCGGUCUCGCAUAUACAAGAAACCACUGCGCUAUCUCAGUCACCACCCGUGAGCCCAGUGUCGGCAAAAAAGAAAGUUACUAUAUGGCCUCUUAACAAAAAGCAACCCAUUGUACUUAAACGCCCAUUGCUUGCAAUUAAACCCAAAGAUUGCAAUACGCUACCGAAGUGUUAUACUGUGGUCUCUAACUCGAAAUCCUUACAACAAAUGCAAGUAAAGAAUGAUGAAAGAGUAUUGCUUCUAAGCAGUAAGAAAAUUGUUGGUAGGAAAAAGAAAUAUCCUAUAUUUUUGGGAAAGAAUAAAAUUCUUUUGUCGACUGUAAGGAUGCCUCGCGAAAAUGAUACUGCUAAGUUUGAACUACCACUACCUUUGCCACCGCAAGAAACACGGACAGAAGUAGUUCCAACUUUGUCUAUGCCGCAAGGGGUGCAGUUGGUACUUAUGCCCAGUGGCGAAGUAACUUACACGAUAGAACCAGGUGUAACACUUACCGAGGAAGAAUUGUUAGUCAUUCCAAACGUUAUAUCAAUAGUGCAGCAACAACUAGCUCAUCAAAUACAACCCGUUCCAUCGAUGCCGACAGCUCAAGAAGUUCAAUCUACGGAGUUAUUAGUUGAUAACGCAAAUUUAGUUCAAAACAUGGCGCCAGAGAAUCAAACGAUUCUUGAGAACAAUCAACUAAGUUCACAAGAUUGCAUAGUAUCAAAUCUAGAAAGUGCAGUCAAUGACUCUGAGUCUCAGACUAUAGUGGCCGCAUUAACUACAGUCGUUGAGAAUAAUUCAAAUGAACAAACGAUGAAUUUGGAUGAUUCAUCUGUAAGUCAUAAAGAAAUUGACACCGCGUCAAUUUUAAAUGACAGUACAGGACAAGCUGUGGACGCUAAUGAACAAGAAAAUAUAAGUUCGAAUAUUUCAAAAGGAUCAGAUACUAGCAUCAAAGAUAUUCCAUUGGAAAGUGAAAAGAGAGAUGAAUCUGUUUCAAGUGUAUCAAAUAGGAAUCUCUUGUCAGAAUUGAUGGAAAUGUCUGGAAUAUCUGCUGCAGACACCUUGCCCGCACCUCAAAACUCAGUUGCAGUUGGUGGUGAAGGUACUGUAGAAAUGAUACCUGAAACGAUUGCAGAACAUGCCCCAUCAGAAGUAGUGGAUCUCACUGCAGUCCGAACAACGUCUAAUUUAAUCAAUAUGCCGGAACUAACUCCAAUAUCAUCUCUUAGCGAACUAAAAUACGCAUGCGAUUAUAAUGCGCAGUUUUUCAAGUUAGAUUUAGAUACAGGAAUCGUCGUGCCAAUCAAUGUAGCUAUCAAGAAAAAUUUAAAAACAAAAGGAAUUCCUAUCACUAAAUCAAUAAUAGAUUUAACCGAUGACGGAGAUGAUGACACUGCGAUAACCGUAUCUAAUAUAAAAAAUAAUGAUUUAAGUUAUCAAGUUAGCUCUGAUGUAAUGAAUAAAAUCCCUGAUGUUUCAUUUGGAGUAAAGCCUCUAAAAUUAUUUAAAGCUAUUCGGAAAAUCAAAGCCAGUGAUCUUACAGUACAACUGAAAGCAACACCUAGUACUAUAGCUUCAAGUGCACGAAAGAGGAAGCAAUGUUUCGACAGAUCUGACCCGAGCAUAAAUUUGGUAGAUUCCGAGGCACAUAUGGAGGAAGAACAUCUUUUAAACAGUACAAAUGACGAGGAUACUUCCAGUCCAAAAAAAACAAGAAAAGCUAUACCCCAAUCAGUUACAUCGAAGACUGACAAUUUUGACGAUUCAUCGGACGAUGAACCAUUAGCAGUCAUAUCGAAAAAGAUGAAAGCGGCUGAUAUAUGUAACAAACCAACUGAAGAAAGUGCCACUGGUAAAAAUCCUGAAAAAGAAUCUGGAAAUCUUAAUGAUAAAACAGAAAAAGCUAUUAUAAAAAAUCCCGUACAAAAAACUACGGAAAGUAUACCUAGUCUAUCAAGUGAAGCCACUGACAGUCAAGAUGAAAUAGUAAUAGAAGAUGGUGACGUGACAAUGGAUACAGAGGAAGAUACAUUCUUAGAAGAAAUUGAAGAUAACGAUUCGCAAGAGGACUGUAUACUGGGCGUUUGAUUUUAGAAAAGCAUUAUUAAUGAGUACGAGUACAAGAACGCGCUCAUGUUUAUUGCGUAGAAAUUUAUAGGCAUAACGAAUGACUGGCCAGCAGUAAAAUGUUAAUAGUUGUAGUGCUGUAUUAUUUUAUGGAAAGAUUUUGGGUAUUGGUAGAUUUUGGUUUUUUGUGGUGACGGGUCGAACAAGUCGUUUGUCUGGUGGUAAGUGACACGACUGUCCCUAACAGUU